CCGCCGGUCACGUGGUCACGUGACGCGCUCCAACAUGGCGGCGCCGUGUGGCCGCGGCGUCGCUUCCUGACUGGGUGGCGCGGACGGACGCGUCUGGUGCAGGCGGGGACGCCGGGCCCGCAGCCUCGCUCGCCCGCCUGCUCGCGCCGUCCGCCCGCGGGGCUGCUAGCCCCCGCUGGGCCGGGGCCAUGCAGGAGAGCCAGACCAAGAGCAUGUUCGUGUCCCGGGCCCUGGAGAAGAUCCUAGCCGACAAGGAGGUGAAGCGGCCCCAGCACUCCCAGCUGCGCAGGGCCUGCCAGGUGGCGCUCGAUGAAAUUAAAGCAGAAAUAGAGAAGCAGAGGCUCGGUGCUGCCGCGCCACCAAAGGCAAACUUCGUAGAAGCUGACAAGUACUUCCUUCCGUUCGAGCUAGCUUGCCAGUCCAGGUCCCCCCGGGUGGUCAGCACGUCCCUCGACUGCUUGCAGAAACUCAUCGCUUAUGGGCACAUCACUGGCAACGCCCCCGACAGUGGCGCCCCCGGCAAGCGGUUGAUCGACAGGAUCGUGGAAACCAUUUGCAACUGUUUUCAAGGCCCUCAGACCGAUGAAGGCGUUCAGUUACAAAUCAUUAAGGCUCUUCUCACUGCGGUCACAUCCCCACACAUUGAAAUUCACGAGGGCACCAUUCUGCAGACGGUCAGGACAUGUUACAAUAUCUAUUUGGCCAGCAAGAAUCUCAUCAAUCAAACCACUGCCAAGGCUACCCUCACUCAGAUGCUGAACGUCAUUUUCACCCGCAUGGAAAACCAAGUGCUGCAGGAGGCCAGAGAAUUUGAAAAACCAAUCCAUUCGAAACCACAGUCCCCUGUGAUCCAAGCUGCAGCAGGGUCCCCAAAGUUCAAUCGUUUGAAGCAGAGCCAGGCACAGAGCAAACCAACAACUCCUGAAAAGGCAGAUUUAACCAACGGCGAGCAUGCCAGGAGUGGUUCCGCGGUGAUCACAGAGAACGGACACGCCCCCAGAGAGAGGGGCCCAUCACUCUCAGGGACUGAAGAUGGAGCCCAGGAGGUGGUGAAGGAGAUCUUAGAAGAUGUGGUCACGUCUGCAGUUAAAGAAGCAGCACAAAAGCACGGGCUGACGGAGCCCGAGAGGGUCCUGAGUGAACUGGAGUGCCAGGAACGUGCCGCCCCCCCUGCAGCUGAUGAAAACUCCCAGACCAACGGGAUAGCGGACGACAGGCAGUCCUUGUCAUCAGCAGAUAAUCUGGAGUCGGAUGCUCAAGGACAUCCAGUGGCCGCCAGGUUCUCCCACAUUCUGCAGAAGGAUGCCUUCCUGGUGUUUCGCUCCCUGUGCAAGCUGUCCAUGAAACCCCUUGGCGAAGGCCCCCCAGAUCCAAAGUCCCACGAGCUGCGUUCCAAGGUGGUCUCCCUGCAGCUCCUCCUGUCCGUGUUGCAGAACGCCGGCCCGGUCUUCAGGACUCAUGAGAUGUUCAUCACCGCGAUCAAGCAGUACCUCUGCGUGGCGUUGUCCAAGAACGGCGUCUCCUCAGUGCCUGAUGUCUUUGAGCUCUCUCUCGCUAUUUUUCUCACUCUUCUUUCAAACUUUAAAAUGCAUCUGAAGAUGCAAAUAGAGGUCUUUUUCAAAGAGAUUUUCCUGAACAUUUUAGAAACAUCAACAAGCUCUUUCGAGCACAGGUGGAUGGUCAUUCAGACCCUGACAAGGAUCUGCGCAGAUGCCCAGUGCGUUGUAGACAUUUACGUCAACUACGACUGUGAUUUAAAUGCUGCUAACAUUUUUGAGCGCCUCGUAAACGAUUUAUCGAAAAUCGCUCAGGGAAGAAGUGGACACGAGCUGGGAAUGACACCUCUGCAGGAGCUCAGUCUCAGGAAGAAAGGCCUGGAGUGCCUCGUGUCCAUCCUCAAGUGCAUGGUGGAGUGGAGCAAAGACCUGUAUGUGAAUCCCAAUCAUCAGACCAGCCUGGGUCAGGAGCGGCCCGUGGACCAGGAGAUGGGGGACCUGGCGAGGCGGAGCAGCGUGACGUCCAUGGAGUCCACGGUGUCCUCGGGGACUCAGACAACCGUCCAGGACGAUCCAGAGCAGUUUGAGGUCAUCAAGCAACAGAAGGAGAUGAUUGAGCACGGCAUCGAGCUAUUUAACAAGAAACCCAAGAGAGGGAUCCAGUAUCUCCAGGAGCAGGGCAUGCUGGGAACAUCGGUGGAAGACAUUGCCCAAUUCCUGCACCAAGAGGAGCGUCUGGAUUCUACCCAAGUAGGUGAUUUUCUGGGAGAAAGCAUGAAGUUCAACAAGGAGGUGAUGUAUGCCUAUGUGGACCAACUCGACUUCCAUGAAAAGGAGUUUGUCUCAGCCCUGCGGACAUUUCUAGAAGGUUUCCGCCUACCUGGAGAAGCUCAGAAGAUUGAUCGGCUUAUGGAGAAGUUUGCUGCAAGAUACAUAGAGUGCAACCAGGGGCAAACUCUGUUUGCUAGUGCUGACACCGCGUAUGUCCUGGCGUAUUCAAUUAUUAUGCUAACUACAGACUUGCACAGCCCUCAGGUAAAAAAUAAAAUGACAAAAGAGCAGUAUAUUAAAAUGAACCGGGGUAUCAAUGAUAGUAAAGAUCUACCUGAAGAGUAUCUCUCAAGCAUCUACGAAGAGAUAGAAGGCAAGAAAAUUGCGAUGAAAGAAACAAAAGAACACACAAUUGCCACCAAAUCUACUAAGCAGAGUGUCGCUAGUGAAAAGCAGCGACGGCUACUGUACAACUUGGAAAUGGAGCAAAUGGCGAAAACAGCCAAAGCUCUGAUGGAAGCCGUGAGCCAUGCCAAAGCCCCGUUUACGAGUGCCACUCACUUGGACCAUGUCCGGCCAAUGUUCAAACUGGUGUGGACUCCACUGUUGGCAGCCUACAGCAUCGGACUGCAGAACUGUGACGACACCGAGGUGGCCUCGCUGUGUUUGGAAGGCAUCCGGUGUGCGAUCCGGAUUGCCUGCAUCUUUGGAAUGCAGCUGGAGCGAGAUGCCUACGUCCAGGCCCUUGCGCGCUUCUCCCUGCUGACGGCCAGCUCCAGCAUCACGGAGAUGAAGCAGAAGAACAUUGACACCAUAAAAACGCUCAUCGCUGUGGCCCACACCGACGGCAACUACCUCGGGAGUUCCUGGCACGAGAUCUUGAAGUGCAUCAGCCAGCUGGAGCUGGCUCAGCUGAUAGGAACCGGCGUGAAGACACGCUACCUGUCUGGCUCCGGGCGUGAGAGAGAAGGGAGCCUGAAGGGCCACACUCUGGCAGGAGAAGAGUUCAUGGGCCUUGGCCUCGGAAAUUUGGUGAGUGGCGGAGUGGACAAGAGACAGAUGGCCAGCUUCCAGGAGUCCGUUGGCGAGACCAGCUCUCAGAGCGUGGUAGUGGCUGUAGACAGAAUUUUUACUGGCUCUACCAGGCUGGAUGGAAAUGCGAUAGUCGACUUUGUCCGCUGGCUGUGUGCCGUGUCCAUGGACGAGCUGGCUUCCCCCCACCACCCCCGCAUGUUCAGCUUGCAGAAGAUCGUGGAGAUCUCUUACUACAACAUGAAUCGGAUCCGACUGCAGUGGUCCCGAAUAUGGCAUGUGAUCGGAGAUCACUUCAAUAAGGUCGGCUGUAACCCCAAUGAGGACGUGGCUAUCUUUGCUGUGGACUCACUAAGGCAGCUCUCCAUGAAGUUCCUUGAGAAGGGAGAAUUAGCCAACUUCCGUUUCCAGAAAGACUUUUUGAGGCCUUUUGAGCAUAUUAUGAAGAAAAACAGGUCUCCAACCAUCCGGGACAUGGUGAUCCGCUGCAUCGCCCAGAUGGUGAACUCCCAGGCGGCCAACAUCCGCUCAGGCUGGAAGAACAUCUUCGCCGUGUUCCACCAGGCGGCCUCGGAUCACGACGGGAACAUCGUGGAGCUGGCCUUCCAGACCACGGGCCACAUCGUCACAACCAUUUUCCAGCACCAUUUCCCUGCAGCCAUCGAUUCCUUUCAAGAUGCUGUGAAGUGCUUAUCGGAGUUCGCCUGCAACGCUGCUUUCCCUGACACGAGCAUGGAAGCCAUCCGGCUUAUCCGCUUCUGUGGGAAAUACGUCUCUGAGAGGCCGCGGGUGCUGCAAGAAUACACAAGCGAUGACAUGAACGUGGCUCCUGGUGACAGAGUCUGGGUCCGAGGCUGGUUCCCCAUCCUGUUUGAGCUCUCCUGCAUCAUUAACAGAUGCAAGCUAGAUGUCCGGACCAGAGGGCUCACAGUCAUGUUCGAGAUCAUGAAGAGCUAUGGCCACACCUUUGAAAAGCACUGGUGGCAGGACCUGUUCAGAAUCGUGUUCAGGAUUUUUGACAACAUGAAACUCCCCGAGCAACAGUCGGAGAAAUCCGAGUGGAUGACAACAACUUGCAAUCACGCACUUUAUGCUAUUUGUGACGUAUUUACCCAGUUCUAUGAAACUUUGAAUGAAGUUCUUCUUUCUGAUGUAUUUGCACAGUUGCAGUGGUGUGUAAAACAAGAUAACGAGCAGUUGGCUCGAUCAGGUACAAAUUGCUUAGAAAACUUAGUAAUAUCCAACGGAGAGAAAUUCAGUCCUGACGUCUGGGACGAAACAUGCAAUUGCAUGCUGGAUAUCUUCAAAACAACCAUCCCCCACGUUCUGCUGACAUGGAGACCUGUAGGAAUGGAGGACGAUCCAGCAGAAAAACAUUUGGAUGUGGAUCUGGACCGCCAGUCUUUAAGCAGCAUUGAUAAAAAUGCCUCUGAGAGGGGUCAGAGCCAACUCUCUAACCCGACCGAUGACGGCUGGAAAGCCAGACCAUAUGCAAAUCAGAAACUGUUUGCCAGCCUCCUCAUCAAGUGUGUGGUCCAGUUGGAAUUGAUACAGACCAUUGACAACAUCGUGUUCUACCCUGCGACAAGCAAGAAGGAGGAUGCAGAGCACAUGGUUGCCGCCCAGCAAGACACGCUGGACACAGAUAUCCACAUUGAGACGGAGGACCAGGGCAUGUACAAGUACAUGUCUUCGCAGCACCUUUUCAAGCUCCUGGACUGCUUGCAGGAGUCCCAUUCAUUCUCAAAGGCCUUCAACUCCAAUUAUGAGCAACGGACUGUCCUGUGGCGAGCAGGUUUUAAGGGCAAGUCUAAACCCAAUCUUCUGAAGCAAGAAACCAGCAGCCUGGCCUGUUGUUUAAGGAUCCUGUUUCGAAUGUAUGUCGAUGAGAACCGCAGGGAUUCCUGGGAAGAAAUUCAGCAGCGACUUUUAAGUGUGUGCUCCGAGGCCCUGGCCUAUUUCAUCACGGUGAAUUCUGAAAGCCAUCGGGAAGCCUGGACAAGCCUCCUAUUGUUACUUCUAACAAAAACCCUCAAAAUAAAUGACGAAAAGUUUAAAGCACAUGCUUCCAUGUACUACCCCUACCUGUGUGAAAUUAUGCAGUUUGACCUGAUUCCUGAGCUCCGAGCCGUUCUGCGGAAGUUCUUCCUGAGGAUAGGCGUUGUGUAUAAGAUAUGGAUUCCAGAAGAGCCAUCACAAGUCCCGGGGAGCCUGUCGCCAAUCUGGUAGCCCUGGCCCCUGCAGGCACCACUGCAUCUCUGCAGAACUGUCCUCACGCUGCCCCUGCCUGGCAUAUCUCGAGAAGAGUCAGACUGUAGAAAGUUGACAUCCUGAAGCUAGAGAGGCCUGGGUAAAGAUGGUUCCAUCAGAGUCCCGGCUCGGGCAUUGCGGUGUUUCUUUAAACUGCUGCGUACCCAGUUGACACAGGAGGUGGGGAGUCUGUCUCAUCUCCGUCAGUCUUUCCUCAUUACCCAUCGGAUGCGUGUCACCUGUCAUGCACUCGCCGUCCCUGUCGUGCAGAGUCCCACAACUGGCUCUUCACUCCCGUCGGAGGAAGUCACCCUCCUUGAAAAUACUGAACAUAGCUGUAUAGGUUCGUGAUUACUAGAGAGUAUAUUAAUAAAAUUUCUUGUAACGGCUACGUGCCACUUAAAACACGCUGGGUUUUUGUUGUUUGAAUGUGCUGAGAAGUUUGGGUGUUUUUGUCAGUUGUGAGUCAACUGUAGUUACGUUAGUUUGGGGAAAGGUACAGGGAAAAAAGAGUUCUUUGUUCUUUUUCCUCCCUGUUUUGUUAAUGUCUGGGUGAUUUUUAAAGCAUUUUUUAAAAAAAAGAUAUUACUGAGGAUUUGACUGAAAGCAGAGCUUAGUCAUUAAGUUAGAAUUAAGAGCUUGCAAGGUUUAAAAAACAAAUGUAGUGCUUCUGGCUCUCCCUGUUUCAGUAACUGGGGGAGGAAAAGUCUAUAGGAAAAAGGAAACAAUUGAAUGAAGAUGGCUAGUCUUCCUUGAAGUAUUUGUGGAGGGGGUAUUAAAAUUUCCAGAAUACAUUGUCCAUCUAAUAUAUGAAGUAGUAACAAAAAUGAAGUAGUAAUUUAAGAGAGUUAAUUUAUAUUUGAGUAAGCCUUUUAUUUUUACCUCGGAAUAGUGAGUAUACCAACAGUUAGUAUCUCUGCUUGCCACAGUCCCCAGCAUUGGCCAGCCCUCGAAAGAGAGAGAGAUGGGGGAGGGUGCUGGGCACUCUGCGUGAGGAGGGGGCUCCUGUGAGCCUGCAUAGCCACGUGUCGCGGGGUGAACCCAAGCAGACCUGUGCCAUUGUGAGGCCAGCGCAGCUGACCGUGACCUUGGCAAGAGGUGGCCGAUGUUCAGUGCUUCCGUUAAUUAGAGCCGAGGAGCUGAGUUCUCUGAAGGGUUAGAUUCUGGGGUCCUUAUGAUGUUAACGAUGGUGCAAUACUCUUAGCUGCCAUAGAACUGAAUUGUGGUGCAGCUUGUGGAGUGGGCAGUCUAUGCGUACGACCCAAGGCCUGCAAGCAGUUGGUUUGGGAGCUGACUUGAUUCAAGUCGGUGAGAAAGAACACAGGCUUCAUCUCGGCCCUCACCUUCUGCUCGCCAAGAGCAGCCCUCAGCGUUAGAACCGUUACAGAGGUAUUAAAACAUGCAGAUGGCUACCUACGCCCUGUAGUCCUAUAAACUGGGUUCUGUUGAGGUCAACUCUGGUGCCUUAGAAGUUAGUCAGUUGGGAACCUAAUCUAAAAAAAAAAAUCAGCUAGUUUUUCUUUAUAGAGAAAGAUUUCUGGUGCUUUUGUUUACUAAGAGACCGUUUCUCACAUUUUUUUGUGUGUGUACUACCAGCCUUGAGAAAUGUUUGGUUUUGGCCAGCAGUACUCUACUUUUUUUUUUUCCCCAAAAAAGUGUUUUAAUUUCUCUACCAAAGAAAAAAAGAGAUGUUUAGAUUUUUACGUUAUUUACAUCCAUGAGAGAAGAGGGGUCUGACACUUAGGAGGAAGGGGCAGAGGGAGAGUGUUUGUUUUACCGUGAGUGGAAAACGUUAGCACAAACGACGUCCUAGUCCUGGACUCUGUCACAUCCUCACCCUGCGGCGUGGAAGCCACGCGCUGACUCCCUCGCUGGCUCUGUGGCUCGUCACAGCCUCAGCAAGUCGGCCGUCCCCAUCGCCGCCUGCACUGAGGGUGUGAGUGGGGCGCACGCAGGUCCACUCAUACAUUUUCUGUCCAGCCACGUCCCUGCGUGGAGAUCUUCGCUUCCCCUCUGAGGGUCUCAUGGGACAUUUUCUUCACUGAAUGGGAUGGCAGGACUCUGCCCAUGUAUUCCUGCCUCCUCUUUCAUUUCUCCCUCUGCUCACAGCAUAGGAAAUGUGUAAGUGCAUUUUGUUCCUUGCCAGAACAUUCAGGUUUGAAUUUCUUUUCAGCUGCAUUUUUUUAAAAGAUUCGAUUUUCUGAGUGAGGCAUUUGAAUUGUACCAGCAUGGACCUUUUAAAAACUGGAUGUCAAACCAUUUAGGGUGAUUUUUUUUUCUUGUCAGUGGACCGUGACAUACAGAUGAAAAUCCCUUACCUCCAGUAAUAAGCCAUUCAGCCUAAAUUCUCUUUUGUGAAUAAAUCUGUCCCAGCUCACGGUGAAUGUGGUGCAUGCCACCCCGCAGACAUCCAUGAAAGGGGUGACCCCGCAGCCCUGGGCCAGCAGCCGUUCACAAUGUUACGGAGGACAGCAGCGCGUUUCCAAGGCCUUAUUUCUUUCUCAGUUGCUUUAAGUGUUGAUUAUUUGUGCUGGGUCUCUAGAGAAGCUUCUGUUUGUUACAAUACUGCUGCUUUGAGCAAUUUUGUUUUUCUUCCUUGUCCUUUAGGGAGAUCACCAGCUUUGGCAUCUUAACAACAAACGGUGGAUGGGAAAUUUUAUUUCUAAUAACGCAUCUUUAGUCAAAUACACCUUUUUCCUGUCACUCCUCACGUACAACCAAAGAACAUACAUAAUGGGAAUUGUUUAAUAAUAUCUGGAAACAACAUUUCCUCUGAGAGUGACUUUUGUACAAAAUGCAAAAAAAAAGACACCUAAAAAAACUAAAAUUUCUCAUCAUUCUUUUGUGAUUAUGGCUAUAUACUGAGUAGUUAUUACAGGAACCUGCUGAUAAAUGCAAGUAUGACCGUCGCAUUCAGACGUUUGUUGUUAUGAUGUGAAUGGAUAUUGGUUUAAAUAGAAACUGGGUCCUCAACUGCAUUUUCUGAAUUCUGUUCUAAAAUUUGUGUUAAAAGUAGGCAUAGCUCAAACUCAUGCGAAAUCCUGGAGUUUGUGAUCUGCAGCUUUGUAAUUUGGGAAACAAAGAAACCAAAGCUGAGUAUUUAAAAGAAUGACUCUACGUGAAAGUCCAUGCUCUCAAAAAAAGACACUCAUCAAAAGUGUAGUUUUUCUCAGUAUUCUGAUUUUUAAAAAAUUUUAUCUUGCAUAUUUGCAUCAAAUAUUUCUUUAUGUGCAAAUGUAUGUUUUACCUCCUUAAAAAUGCCUAAAAAUUAGUUAAUAGCUACUUUUGUUUAAUCUAUACAUGAUUAAGUGCAUUUAAUAUUGGUAAUUUAAUGAAAAGCAUUCCUUGCCCAAUGGAUGUAUACAUUUUUGAAAGAAUAAGCAGAAUUAUAUAAUAUGAAAUGCUAUGUAAAGUUUUCUAUGUAAAAAUAUUAUGUAUAAUACUGUUAAAUAUCCCAUGCUUUAAUCAAGUGGUAAAUCAAUAAAGUUUUAAAAAGUAAAA